AGACCCGAUGAAAACGAGCUCAGUUGCCAGUAAACCUUCAAAGAUAAUUCAUAUAGUCGGAUUUUGAAAUUGCGAGCUAAUAACAGUACCAGAAUGAAUUUUUUGAUUGCCUGUUUGUUUGUUCUGUUUGCGAUUGCAUCGGCGCGACCCCAGUUUGGAUUUGGACAGCAGCAGCAACAGCAAGAAAAUUUCGGGGGAUUUGGAUACGGAAUUGGUACCGGACUUCAGCAACAGCAGAGCAGUUUCGGCGGAUAUGGACAACAGCAGCAACAGGAAAUCUUCGGUGGUUUCGGCGGUGGCUUUGGCGGAGGUAACCUUUUUGGUUAAUAAUUUAAUUGUUUGGACUAAUAAUAAAAAACCAAACAAUUUUUACCAAUUUAAAAUAAAUAGA